AUGACCAAACCGCAUCCGUUUGAGCACAGUCUUUUUCUUUUGCUUGCCAUCUCCUUAACUCCAGCCUAUCAUGGAGUGGAAAUUAUCGGAGGUCGAAAGGCUAAAGCCCGCUCAAACCCUUACAUGGUAUCCAUCCAAAUAUUUACGGACAACAACAUGUAUGAACAUUCAUUUGGAUGCGCUUUGAUCAGUAAAAACUGGGUUCUCACUGCAGCGCACUGUAAACCUGCAAUGCAAGCAAAGAGGAAAUCUCAAGUGGUUCUUGGAGCACAUUCUCUUUCACAGGAUAAGAAGAGUAAAAAAACAGUUCCUAUCAUUAAAUGGAUUGACUAUGGAAAGUUCAACAAGAAAAUUGGAGUCGGUGACAUAAUUUUGCUGAAACUGGGGAGGAACGUCAAGUUCAACAAAGAUGUGAAAGUGCUCAAACUACCGAAAACAAAGGUCACUGAUGUGAAACCUGGAACUUCCUGCUCAGUGGCAGGAUGGGGGAAAACAAGUACAUGCUCAAAAAAUCAUUCUGAUACACUUCAAGAGGUGAAGCUAAAAGUAAUAGAUCGUAAAACAUGCAACAGCAAGGACUAUUACAAUCACGAUCCUGAAGUAACCCAGGACAUGAUCUGUGUUGGCGACAGUGAAGGCAGAGAAGAUUCUUGUCAGGGUGAUUCAGGUGGCCCUUUGAUAUGCAACAAAAAGUACAUUGGGAUAGUGUCGUAUGGUAAGGGAUGUGCCAAUCCCAAAAAACCUGGAAUUUACACUUUAUUAACAAAGGAAUAUCUUGAUUGGAUUAAUAAAACGAUAAAGACGCAGGCUUACAAUGUGACCGCUGAAGCACUGUAUUGA